CAGUGACUCUCCCUUGCCUGUGACUUCACGUGUGUGUUUUGUAAAGUUCCUUGAGUCUGAAUCGGUGGGAGUUUCUCAACACCUGACAAACACCGUCUUCGUGGACAGAGCUUUGAUCGUGGUCCCUUUUGCUGAAGUGGACAAGUCAUUUGCAGAGAGCCCCUUCCUUGCUGGCUGAAAGUGGUCCUCUGCUGCCAUCAGGAGAUUAGAAAAAAUAAUGGCACCAGGCUCGCAAGCCCCCCUUCUCUCUCUUGUUCUCCAGUAAAAAAUUAACUCUUUAUGUUUUUCUCUCUGUUCAAGGUAUCUUUUCUUUAAAGAAAUUUAGCCACACAACUCUUAAGCAAAAAUGAGGGGUUGGGGAGAGGGUGCAGGGCAAUCUUAAUUCCUCAUACAAUCAAGAGUAUUUUGAUAUUUUUCAAACAAAAUGUACAUCAGUUAAUAGGCAUGCACCAAACUAGGGAUGCCCCGAGCAGAUCUGUUUUGAGGCCAAUCAAGGCACUUUUUAAAUUAAUGUGUGCUCUCAAGCUUGAACCAUUUCUUGUCCUCUGUUUAUAUUUUAACCCUUUUCACUGUGGAUGCACCACUCAAAAUGUUACACUUUAGGAUAAACAUUAUCUCUAUUUCAGCUACUUUUUUGACACACCUAUGAACGAUCUGCAGUUGAAAAUGGUGUUUAAACUUGGAUAUACUAUAUAACUGCUGUUUCACCCUGUACAUGUAACAGAUCCUCACCGGCACUGCUCUGUGUGGUGAUAUAUUUUAUUAAACACUGUAGGAAACCAGUAAAGACCCUGCACAUACACACAGGUGUUUUCAGUUACUGGCUGAUUAGACCUAUUUUUGGGUUCAAGUUGUGUGGGGCUAUGGUGGGAGUUUGCCACGGUCACCAGACUUACAAAUGUAAGCUGUCCCGCCCUGACAGGUGCAAAAAAUCCUUAGCAAUAGAGUGAGGGAGAUGUUGAUCGAGCGCAGUCGGUCUUAGAGGCCCGCGCUGUCCUGAGAGGAGGUCUAAUCAGCCAAACAGGUGAAAAAAACCUGUGUGGAUUUAUGGUGGGUGUUCUGUUUUCUUAAUGCAGAGCUGUUCAGCAAACACAUCCAAACUGCACAGAUGUAACUCUGGCCUGUUUAGCCUGAGUUUACACUGUGCAACUGCAUUACAAAGAAAAAUAUAAAUACUGGAUCAGGACUUGGUAUUGGAAGAUUCAUGAUGUUAACCUGCUCAGAUUAGUAACAAAAAAAAAAAAAGAAAUGUUCGGGACCUCCCUACGCCAAGCACAAAGCAUGCAAGAUAGAUUAACUAAUCAGCUCUGCAUGCAAGACUACAUUUGAAAAGUGUGUGCAAUCAUCUAUGCGGUUAUUUUCAGCAGAUGUUGUGGAAGUUAAUGAGCAUAUAAUUAUUAAUCAUGACAAGCACACAAACUGCCUUUGGCUUUUACUUGCUUCAUGUGCCAAAGCCUUGUAGUAUUUUAUAUUGUGCAUUUGUUUCCCCAAAUUUUCACUAACACACAAGAUAAAAGAGUAGUAUUAAGCCUCUGCUUGAUGUUGCAGUAAAAAUGCCUUUUUUUAAUUGACCCUCUCCACACAUGACUCUGAAAGAGUUGAGUGAAUCUCACGUUUAACAGUGGUGUUUCUUUUGUUGUUGUGUUUUACAGUUCUUUUUCCUGGUUCAGCCAGCCCUAUAUACCAGGCCCUGCUGAAAAUGCCACCAACAGUUUUGUCCUCUGCAGCCUUAUCCUGUUUCUCAAGUGUCCUUUCUGUUGUGUGUGUGUGCGCGUGUGUCUCUCUCUCCCCCUCUCUCUCUCUCUCUCUCUCCCCUUUUUAAAAUGUAAAAAUGUCAGAUUAAAAAUAGCCUGUUUUCAGAUUGCACAACCAUGGAUGAUCAUCUCCUUAAGAUUUUCCCUUUUUAUUUUACUGUUUUACUGUACGGUUUUUCUUCAGCUUUGGGCACAUGAUUUUUAUCACGGCUUUUGCUGGCAUUAGACCUUAACUGUUUAGUGCAGAUUAUCUUGGACAUUGUUUAGUUUUUUGUGACAUACUGUUGGCUAAAAUCUAGCAGUACUGUAGUUUGUUAGCAGUACUUUAUCUGGGAUUGUACGAAGUAAUCACUAACAAAAGCCCAGAAAAGGUAAAAUGACUGAACCUUUUCAAUUUUUUGUAUUGGUAGUGGUAAGUGAUGUUGAAAUGUACCCUUGUGUCUACACCCAAAUCAUGAACUUUGUUUUCUGUAUCUCAAUGUUUUUGUGUGCUUUAUAGCGAAGCAGCCGGCGCGAGUCGCUUGUUCAUAAAACAUCUAAUGAAAGUUGAGAGCACAUCCCACGGGACAACUGGCUGUGCUUGCUUACGUUUGGUUCAUGACUUAAAAAACAAGUACAGGAGUCAUUCCUGAUGAAUCUAAAGCUAUGUCGCUGCUGGCUCCAGCCAAUGCCGUGGCAGGAAUGAUGCCUGGUGGAGGCCUUCUUCCAACACCCAAUCCUCUGGCGUCGAUGGGAGGGACACCAUUUGGAGGUCUUGGAGCUCCCAGCAUGGAGCAAAUGGCUGCCAUGGGAAUGCCAGGACCAAACAUGAACCCCCAGGCUCUUUCUGCAGACUUCCUGAAGCUCAUGCAGUCCAUGGACCCCAAGUUGAAUCCAUUAGCGGCCGGACUGAACUUGAAUCCAGGGCUCAAGACCGAUGCCUCCAAUAAGGAGAUUGAAGAGGCCAUGAAGAGAGUCCGAGAGGCACAGUCUCUCAUCUCUGCAGCCAUUGAACCAGGAAAUAAGAAAGAUGACAAGCGUAAACAUUCCCGCUCCCGUUCACGGUCUCGGCGCAGGCGAUCCAGAUCUCGCUCAAGACACAGACGUUCCAAGAGCAGGUCUAGGAGGAGGUCCCACUCAAGGAGCAGGAGGAGGUCCAAGAGCCCACGAAGGAGGAGGUCCCAUUCCCGGGAUAGAGGCCGCCGUAGUAGAUCAAGGGACAGGAGAAAGGAGGAGAAGUCUAAGAAAAGGUCCAAGACGCCCCCCAAGAGCUACAGCAGCGCCAGGAGGUCUCGCAGCAUCAGCCGGAGACACAGGCGAAGCCGCAGUGCAUCUCGAUCGCCCAGGAGGAAGCUGUCCAGGUCUCCAUCACCCAGGCGUCACAAGAAGGAGAAGAAGAAGGACAAGGAUCGUGAGAAGGAUCGGGACAGAGACAGGAGGGAGGACAGGGACCGAAGCAGAGACGAAAGAGAACGUUCCUCCAGUAAGAAGAAGAAGAGCAAGGACAAGGAGCGAGAUCGAGACCGCAAGUCUGAUAGCGAGAAAGGAGACGUCAAGGUGACCCGGGAUUAUGAUGAGGAGGAACAAGGCUAUGACAGCGAAAAGGAAGGAGAGGAGGAUGACGACGAGAGGAAGAGCGACUCUGACUCUGCCUCGUCCCCCAAAGGCCAGGAGGAGAUGGAGAGAUCCGAGGGCCAAAAUCCUAAGAAGUCCAAACUAAAUGGAGACGAUCACCAUCAGGAAGACAUGGAGAUGAGUGAUUAAGGGCAUCCCCGAGACCGAACCAGACUGCGUCAUCUUCCCACUGUCCUUUUAUAUUUUUAAUGUAGGCCACAAUAUGUCUGUGCCUGAUCAAAGUUAAAAAGAUUUCUUGUCUUAACUGUAGGAGCCUUGGGGAGGGUGAGUGAGUGUAGGAAGAAAAGCAGUCAAAUAAUUUUUGUAAAAACAUGAGUAAACCAGAACUAAAAUAUGAAUAACAUGAGAUGGUUUUAAAUUGUCAUUGCUGUACUUUUUUAAGAUCCUGUUGAUUUCUUUUCCUCUUGUUGCCUUUGUGUUCAUAUUUUGUCCUGACAGUAGAAUAAACAGCAUUUUCUACUGAAAUGCUGUAUUUGUAAAUAUUUUACUAGUCAGGACUGAAUCCUCUCCUCGGCCAGGCUGUUAGUCUCUCACCACCUGGUACCAGCUCCAUGUUUAUUUGUUUGGUUGCUGAGCCAUUUUUGCUUCAACUGUAAUGCACCCAGUCGUGUUUCAGCUGAUUUCCUAUUUACAGCCCUUUGUAAGUGUACACUGUAGAUUGAAAUGUGUUGCAAUGAAAUACUUUGUCUGCAAUAGGUUUUCCAAAGGAAACUAAUAAAAUUGGGUAAAACUA